AUGCCCCAACAGAAAUUCAAUCCCUUCUCUCCUUCUUGCCCAUUAUCCUACGCACCCUCAGCACUCUCCCCACUCGCGCACGUUAGCACAGAGACGCCUAACCUCAUGGCUUCCUCCCGCCCUCCGCCGCAGAAGCCUCUCGAUCUCGACCUCACGAUCGUCUCCGCCAAGCAUCUCAAGAACGUCAACUGGAAGAACGGCGACCUCAAGCCCUACGCGGUCUUCUGGGUGGACCCCGACCGCCGGCUGGCCACCAAGUCUGACGACUCCGGCUCCACCCGCCCGGUCUGGAACGAGCGGUUCACCGUCCCCCUCACCCUCUCCCUCCACCACUCGUUCCUCACCCUCGAAAUCUUCCACUCCAAACCCUCCGACACUCCCAAGCCCUUAGUUGGCACCCUCCGGGUCCCACUCAAGGACCUGCCAAAUCAGGACGACUCGACCCGAAUCCGGACCUUCCAGCUCGUCCGUCCCUCCGGCCGUCCCCAGGGCAAGAUCCGCGUAAAGCUCGCCGUUCGAGAGCGACCCCUGCCGCCACCGCCAGAUUACCAUAUUACCCCUCCUCCUAGCUAUUUUUACGGUGGUGCCCCUAUGCCCCCACCGCCUGUUCGCGACUUCAGGUCAUACUCGCCGUCGCCUUACAUCUCUACUUUACAAGCUUCGGCUCCUAGUCCAUCGCCUUCGCCACCGCCUCCGCCUUACCAUUACAGCUCCUAUUCCGAUCAGUACUCGAGUUACUAUCCAGCGUACUACUCCAGCGCGCCACCGCCUCCACCAAGGCCGUUCUUCGACCGACCGGUGAACUAUGGCGGGCCUAGUGGGAGUGGUGGGAGUGGUGGGCCUGGUGGGCCUUCAGCGCCAUUGGACUACUCGAAUUAUGAUCAGAAUCAGAAGCCCAAGAGUGGGAAGAUGGGAUUGGGCACCGGAUUAGCUGUGGGCGCAGUGGCCGGAGGUCUUGGUGCACUGGCAUUGGAUGAGGGGUUAAGGUAUGAAGAAGAUAAGAUGGCGGAGAGGGUCGAGAAUGACAUGGGUGAGCGUGAUGAGUACAGCAAUUAUCGUGCAGAUUACUGA